CCCUACAUAUUGUGCAUGUCACUUCAAACUAUCAAAACCAAUCAGAAUGCUUUAUUAGACAUCAUAUUACAAUCCAAUGUGGUUUGGGUUCCUGUGUAUUGCAACAUUAGAAGGUGGGACUUCCUUUCUUGACCAGCAGUCGAUGGAGCACAUGGCAUGAGAAAGAGCCAUUGGAGGGGGUGAGGAUGAGGCCAUUGAUGAUGACGAGACUGUGGAGGAUCAAGAAGAUCAGGAAGAUGAUCAAGAAAAUGAUCCAUCUCAUGGAAGAAGUAAUUCUACCCAAACCCCAAGAUGGAAAACAUCACACAUCCCUGCCUCUUCUGAAUAUCCCGAAUGGACAGGCAUUCUCCAACACUCUGGCGAUAUCCAGUCUCCAUACCGUUACUUCAAGAGGUUUUUCUCAGAUGAUUUGAUUGAGUCCAUUGUUCAAGAAACCAAUUUGUUUAGCGUGCAACAAAAUCCAGCCAAGCCACUUGACCUUACAGUUGAUGAGCUUGAACAGUUCCUUGGUACAGUAAUGUACAUGUCCCUCUUCCGCCUCCCAGCCACCCGAAUGUAUUGGAGCCGAAGUACACGUGUUGCGCAAGUUGCCGAUGUGAUGUCCCUCACACGGUGGGAGGCCAUCAAGAGAUGUCUCCAUUUCAAUGACAACAAUAGCCUCCCUACACGAGAGAUGCCCAAUUUUGACGAGCUGUACAAGAUUCGCCCUCUCCUCGAUCAUAUCCUGCCCAAGUUGAGAGAAAUUCCAAUGCAGGAGAUGCUGUGCGUUGAUGAGCAGAUGGUACCUUUCAAAGGAAAAAGCAGAAUUAAGCAGUACCUACCCAGUAAGCCAAAGAAGUGGGGGUACAAAAUUCUACUUCUUUGUGGAUCCAAUGGCAUUCCAUACAAUUUGGAGGUGUUUGUGGGGAAAGCUGUACAUCCACCUGAAUUGGCAGAUAUAGGUGCAAGCGGCAAUGUGGUGCUUCGUUUAGCCGAACCAAUCCCAAAACAUCAAAAUUUCAAGAUGUUUUUCGACAACUGGUUUACCUCCGUUAAACUAAUGCAUGUGUUGGCACAGCAAGGCAUCCAUUGUGUAGGCACGGUGCGCCUAAACCGCUUACCAGGCAGUUGUAUGGCGAAGGAGGAGGAUCUGAAAAAGGCAGGCCGUGGGUCCUUCCAGGAAAAGACGGCAUUAGUUGGCUCCACUGAGUUGCAUGCCGUGAGAUGGUACGACAACAGGUCCGUUACCCUUCUCAGUACGUAUCAAGGAGCUCAGCCCAUGUCCCAGGUUGACCGAUGGGACAAACGGCAAAAAAAAGUCCUCCAAGUGGCAUGUCCUGCAGUCGUGUCAACAUACAACCGACACAUGGGGGGUGUUGAUUUGCUUGAUUCCUUGAUUGCGCUGUACCGCAUACAUAUCAGGUCAAAGAAAUGGUACCACCGCCUUGUCUUCCAUGUGAUUGACCUGGUGGUGGUGACAAGCUGGCUACUCUAUCGACAGGAUUGCGUAGAGAGCGGGAUGGCAAGAGGUGACCACAUGGCCCUUUAUGCCUUCAAAUCAGAGGUGGCACAGAGUCUGUGCAAAUUUCAGAAAGAGGGGAAAAAAAGAGGCAGACCCAGUGGAAUCGCACAAAAAUAUGAGGAAAAGAAGAGGAGGCAGGGACCAACGGCUCCCAUCCCCAACCAUGAUGUCCGCUUGGACAAAACAUCCCACUGGCCAAUUAUGGCAGACAAGAAGGGAAGAUGCAGGGUGCCUGGGUGCAGGGGAACACCCAAAGUCAUGUGCGGAAAGUGCAAUGUGCACUUGUGCUUCACCGCACAAAGCAACUGCUUCAUGAAUUUCCACAUGGAAUAAGGUUUAAAUAUAAGGUUUACAUGAUGGACAAUUCAGUUGGUAAUGUCAAAAUGUGUUUAGUUUGUUCUAUUUGACAUUUCAGUGUU